GGCGUUCUAUUCGGGUGAAGACGGUAGUGAUGAAUAAGUUAAACUCCUGUCUGAUGCUGUCAUGUCUGGCCUCCAUUGGAAAAGAACCAAGUUCAGUCAGCCAGGGUUCAUGUAUGAGGGCCCUUCAUUGGCAGCUGUUUUGGCCAGUCCACCAACUCGAUUCGUUCUGAAAUGGGGAGGUGGUCUGGCAGCUCUUUCCCUUGGCAAGCAUGAAGCCAGUGUGGUGCUCUCCUAUAGCCCCUUUGAUGCGACAGGAGUUGCUCUUAGCAAUAGGCAUGCAUCGGGCAACAUGCAGUCUGUGUCUCGCGCAUCAGUCCACCCUGGUGGAUUGUCAUCAUCACAAGGGUCUUUACUACAAGGCAGUGUAACUGUCAAACCAGGGGAGCCCAAGGCCGAACUCCAUUCAAAGGAACGGUCUGCAUUGCUGAUAAAGCUUGUUGGGAAUCUUCACUAUUAUGCCGAGGGUGGAGAUGAGUGCAGGUCCCAGUUUUUGAAAAUUUUUGUCGAAGGCUUGAGGAAUCACCCACCAUUGCCCGGAAGCUCUCAACGACCAGAACAGAUUCAUAUAAACCUCUGUGAAAAUCUCUUUACCCUGGUGGAUUAUGUUGCUACAUUUCCUGAAGAGCUGGUGACUGACGAAGAUCUCCAUCUAGUGAGGGACUUCUCUGAGGAGCUUCAUUCUGAGGUCUGCCGUGUUCCGUCAGCAGAGGGCUGUGAUGAAGAGGACAUCAUUUGUUUCUACAAGAUGCAUAAUAACCGUCAAAUCAAGCUGAAGGAAGCCAGGAAAAAUAACCCCCGAUUUCGAAGGUUGGAUGGCCUGCGGCGUGACAAUCUUGCGAAUGCACGGCUUGGAGAGGAGGCUGAUGAUAUUGUGAGACAAGAGUGGGUGGAAGAGGAUAGGGGCAUGAUUGAAUAUCUGAGGUCGAGUGGGCCUGAGCCAGAUGGAGGACUCCCUGAAGAUCUUAAUAACAGAUUGGCAGAAGAUCGAGAGAGAGGAACAGGGGCUGCGGACGAGAGCUCUGUUCGGCGAGACCAGACACUGACACUCUUUCUUGGAGAACCUGAGCCGUGGGUGGAUAACUCUUCCCAUUGUUCGCUUCCUGCAAACCAGGAGCACAGGGAGAAGGAGCAGUGCUUAGAACCAUCUGAGCGCAUGCUCGCAAGGCGCACAGAUCUCGAGCUGAGACAACCCAGAGACACACCUCUGGACCACCUUUGGGCAGUUCAAACAUUAGAAGGUGGCAUGCAACAGGAAGAGGAACGACAACUGGGCUACGCCAAGGAACCGCGGAAGGAUAUCAGAGGAAAUUUGACUUCCAAAGCUAAUGAUGAAGACCAUGAUGAGAAUGUUGAUGACGGUCACGGAAAUGAGCAUGGUGCUGAUGAUAAUGAUGAUGAUGCUGGUCCCAUGGAGGAGUUGUCAGCUCAGCGAAGGGAUUUCUCAGGGCACCAGCAGAUCCGUUCUCUUCGAGGCAGAGCUUCUGGGAUUAGGAGGAAAGAUGGGGAAGAUAGCAGUCAGCACGAGAAAGAGGAGAAGGCGAAGAGGUCUGACAAAACCUCCCUUGAGUCCGACGGGCAGGAAGCGCUGCAGGGGGAGUUUGAGGAGGAUGGAAACGAAGAAGAAGGUGAAGAGGAGACCGCAGAUGAGUUUGCGGAAGAGGAAAUGCCCCCUGAGCUGGAGCUGUGGGAUCGAGCAAAGCCAUCUAAAAGGAAGAGAGAAAAGGAGAAAGAAAGCAGCAGGAAAGAAAAGAGGUUGAGAGCUGCGGAAACCGAGAGGGAAGAGAGGGAGGGCGAGGACGAUGUGGAUGUGGAGAAAGGUGAUCAACAGGAGCCAGAUGACGAUGACGGGGAGGAGAGUCGCAGUAAGGGUGUAAAUGCAAAGAAAGGAAGAAGAAAAGGAAGAUGGGGAAGUAAGGAAAGGGGAGAUGUGUGUGGAGGGGGUGAUGAUGGUGGAGACCCAACGGACAACUUUUGUGGGGAAGAUGAUAAGGAGGCCCCUCCCCCUGUAAAAAGGAAGGGGAAAUUGAUGAAUGAUCAGCAGCUUGUAUGUGUCGAAAGUGGAUUGCGGCAGUUUCCGAAUAUGCAUAAGCAGUCGAAGGUGAUCGAGAAGUUUGCCUCUAAAAUCAAAGAUAUGGGCCCAGAGGUGACGCCGCAGCAGCUCAGAAACUGGUGCGACCAUUAGGUCGGACAAAUGAGCAGUCACCUCCUGCUCAGCUGCACGAACGUGAGGAGCCCUGCGGCUGGUAACACUGUUAAUAUCCCUUACGUUCUUCAUGUUCCUUCAACUUGUUCCUGUUUCUUUCAUAUGCUACUUUCCCCUUUCGCCUUGCCGGUUCUAUGCUUUUCUUAUUGGUUCCUUGAACUUCCUUCCUUUCCUCUGAAGUUAGUGUGCUCAGAUGAUGGAGUAGACUGUGACGAAUAUUCCGUGAAACAUGAAAGGAUGCUCAUCCUUUGUGCAUGGAUUGCGAGAGAAUUCUGACGUUGCUGUGAGGAGACUUUUUUCCCUUGACGCUUAGGACUGAGAAGCGCAGUGUCGGCUUUCACAAGUCUCGUGAAGGGUAAGAGACUGCUUGAGUACUUUAGAAAAUCGCAUAGAAGAAUGGGUGGCAACUCGUGAUAUGCUGACAUACAAGAAGGGAAAAUCCGGAACAGUAAUUUUGGAACUGUCCGGGUAAAAAUGGGAGGCAAUUAGGACAACAAAACGCGUCCUGAGGGUUUAGAGAGGAAAUGUUGGUCCAUUUCGUUGCGUUCUGUAAUCUGCGCCAACUGCCUACUCGAUUUUUACUCUAUUGACUGUGAGAACAAAUAAGUGGGACAUGC